UUCCGCCGUGACGUCAGCUUUGUGUACUGCCCAGCCAAGAUGGCUGACAGCAUCCCGUUAAAUCCGGUGAGGAAGAGCUCGAAGAGGAUCCCGUAUUACAACUCAGCCCGACUCUCAAGACUGGAUGACCAGGAUCUGUUAAAGCCCUCAGAACAAGUAAAGGACGUUUUAAGGCCAGACGGAUUGAAAGCUUCCCAGAAUUUGCAGCUUUCAAGUGUUGGAUGUGAAAGCUCCCCACCGCAAAUAUCUAACCUAUACUCCCUAGAAGAUGAGCCGUCCAACCUGGAUGAAAUGCCUCUGAUGAUGUCGGAGGAAGGCUUUGAGAACGAUGAGAGCGACUAUCAGACGCUGCCCCGGGCCAGAGUCAAUCAGAGACAGAGAGGCCUCGGCUGGUUCCUCCUGGGAGGGUGGAAAGUCCUCUGUGGCAGCUGCUGUGACUGUCUGGCUCACAUGUGUCGGAGGAAGAAGGAGCUGAAGGCCAGGACAGUUUGGCUGGGCUGCCCGGAGAAAUGUGAAGAGAAGUAUCCCAAAAACGCCAUCAAAAACCAGAAGUAUAACAUCUUCACCUUUGUGCCCGGGGUUCUCUACCAGCAGUUCAAGUUCUUCCUCAAUCUCUACUUUCUGGUGGUGGCCUGUUCCCAGUUUGUGCCAUCGCUGAAAAUCGGAUAUUUGUACACAUACUGGGCACCUCUGGGUUUCGUCUUAGCCGUCACAAUGGUGCGAGAGGCCGUGGACGAAGUGCGACGGUACCAGCGGGACAAAGAGAUGAACUCUCAACUCUACAGCAAGCUCACAGUGCGAGGUAAAGUUCAAGUGAAGAGUUCAGACAUACAAGUCGGGGACCUGAUCAUCGUCGAUAAGAACCAAAGGAUCCCUGCAGACAUGAUAUUCCUGAGAACAUCGGAGAAAAAUGGUGCGUGUUUCAUCAGAACAGAUCAACUAGACGGAGAGACAGACUGGAAACUGAAGGUCGCUGUCGGCUGCACGCAACGACUACCAGCAGUGGGGGACCUCUUCUCCAUCAGCGCCUACGUCUACGCCCAGAAGCCUCAGCUGGACAUCCACAGUUUCGAGGGAAACUUCACAAGGGAGGACACAGAUCCACAGAUCCACGAGAGUCUGAGUAUUGAAAACACUCUUUGGGCGAGCACAGUUGUCGCAUCAGGCACGGUGAUAGGGGUGGUGAUCUACACAGGCAAAGAGACCAGAAGCGUACUGAACACGUCCUAUGCCAAGAACAAGGUUGGCCUCCUGGACCUGGAGCUGAACCGCCUCACCAAGGCCCUGUUCCUCGCCCAGGUGGUCCUGUCUAUCGUCAUGGUAGCACUGCAGGGAUUUGUGGGUCCUUGGUUCCGCAACCUUUUCCGAUUCGUCGUGCUUUUCUCGUACAUUAUCCCCAUCAGCUUGCGUGUAAACUUGGACAUGGGGAAGUCAGCCUACGGGUGGAUGAUCAUGAAGGAUGAAAACAUCCCAGGCACAGUUGUGAGAACGAGCACCAUCCCGGAAGAACUGGGCCGGCUGGUCUAUCUGCUGACAGACAAGACUGGCACACUGACACAGAAUGAAAUGGUCUUUAAGCGGCUCCACCUGGGAACUGUAUCCUACGGCACCGACACCAUGGACGAGAUACAGAGCCACAUAAUCCAGUCAUAUGCACAGGUGCCCUCCCAGCCCUCCAACGGGAGCACCAGUGGCGCCACUCCAUCGCGGAAGACCCAAACGUCCGCCCCAAAGGUCCGUAAGAGUGUCAGCAGCCGCAUCCACGAGGCCGUGAAGGCCAUCGCCUUGUGCCACAACGUCACGCCCGUCUACGAGACGCACACCAGCGUAAACGGAGAGACGGAGUCCGCUGAAGCCGACCAGGACUUCAGCGAUGACAACCGCACAUACCAGGCCUCCAGCCCUGACGAGGUGGAGCUGGUGCGGUGGACGGAGAGCGUCGGCCUGACCCUGGUGAACAGAGACCUGACCUCCCUGCAGCUGAAGACUCCUUCCGGACAGAUCCUCUCCUUCUACAUCCUGCAGAUCUUCCCAUUCACCUCCGAGAGCAAAAGGAUGGGCAUAAUCGUCAGGGAGGAGUCGACAGGAGACAUCACUUUCUACAUGAAGGGUGCCGACGUUGCCAUGGCAAGCAUCGUCCAGUAUAACGACUGGUUGGAGGAAGAGUGUGGGAACAUGGCCAGAGAAGGCCUGAGGACGCUGGUGGUGGCCAAGAAGUCUCUAUCCGAGGAACAGUAUCAAGACUUUGAGAACCGAUACAACCAGGCCAAGCUGAGUAUCCACGACAGAAACCUGAAGGUUGCAGCGGUGGUAGAGAGCUUAGAGAGGGAGAUGGAGCUUCUGUGUCUGACCGGCGUGGAAGAUCAACUGCAGGCAGACGUCAGGCCGACACUGGAGCUGCUCAGGAACGCUGGUAUCAAGAUCUGGAUGCUGACGGGCGACAAGCUUGAGACGGCUACAUGCAUCGCUAAAAGCUCCCAUUUGGUCUCCAGAAACCAAGACAUCCACGUCUUCAGACCGGUCUCGAACAGAGGAGAGGCCCAUCUGGAGCUCAACGCCUUCAGAAGGAAACAUGACUGUGCUCUGGUUAUCUCUGGAGACUCCUUAGAGCUGUGUUUGCGAUAUUACGAGCACGAGUUCGUGGAGCUGGCGUGUCAGUGUCCGGCGGUGGUCUGCUGUCGCUGCUCGCCGACUCAGAAGGCCCAGAUCGUCACGCUCCUCCAGCAGCACACGGCCAACAGAACCUGCGCCAUAGGUGAUGGAGGAAACGACGUCAGUAUGAUCCAGGCUGCAGACUGCGGUAUCGGUAUUGAAGGAAAGGAAGGGAAGCAGGCGUCUCUGGCUGCAGACUUCUCCAUCACUCAGUUUAAACACAUCGGUCGCCUGCUCAUGGUUCACGGCAGGAACAGCUACAAGCGCUCGGCAGCUUUGGGCCAGUUCGUCAUGCACAGAGGCAUGAUCAUCUCCACCAUGCAGGCGGUCUUCUCCUCCAUAUUUUACUUUGCCUCCGUGCCCUUAUACCAGGGUUUCCUCAUGGUUGGGUAUGCCACCAUCUACACCAUGUUUCCUGUGUUCUCUUUGGUUCUGGACCAAGACGUGAAGCCUGAGAUGGCUCUCCUCUACCCAGAGCUUUAUAAAGACCUCACAAAGGGGCGUUCGUUAUCUUUUAAGACAUUCCUCAUUUGGGUUUUGGUCAGCGUGUAUCAAGGUGGCAUCCUCAUGUACGGCGCUCUGGUGCUGUUCGAGUCGGAGUUUGUGCACGUGGUCGCCAUCUCCUUCACAGCGCUCAUCCUGACCGAACUGCUGAUGGUGGCGCUGACUAUUCGUACCUGGCACUGGCUGAUGGUGGUGGCCGAGUUCUUCAGCCUGGGCUGCUACCUGGCAUCACUCGCCUUCCUCAACGAGUACUUUGGCAUAGGCAGGGUGUCCUUUGGAGCUUUCCUUGACUUCUCGUUCAUCACGACUUGGCCUUUCCUGUGGAAGGUGUCCGCCAUCACGCUGGUCAGCUGUCUUCCUCUCUACAUAAUCAAGUACCUGAAGCGCAAGUUUUCACCUCCGAGCUACUCCAAACUCUCCUCAUGAGCCAAAACUUGGAUUAACUGAUGUUUGUUUUGUAGUUUUGUGCUUCUCUGAGCUUUGUAUUUUCAGCACUUUUUUUUUACUUCACUGAUCCUCAGUGAUGGACAAGGUGACCCGCGGUGGUCGAGGAACCACUCGAACUGGAUAACACUUGUUUGGAUUAUAUCACUGAGACUUGGGAUGACUUGAAAAAAGAAAACAGAGCACAUAAACAGUGUGAGCGACUGCACUUAGAAGGCCUGAAAACACUUGACCUCAUUUUGUCUGGAAAAAGGGUCGAUCUGCCUUCGUUGGCUUUAAAGCAUUUUAAAACAAAUCAGCUUCAAGUGUCGUUUUAUACGGUUCUGAUGCAUUUUUCUUUCACCGUUUCGAUUUUUAUAUGUGGAGUUCAGACUUUUUUAAGUGUUAUUUUUUAUUCUAGGUAUUCAUUACAGUUGCUGGCCUGCAUCUGUGAGCAGUGUUGAGUUGCUUUGAGGGGAUAAAAAGAAAAAAUAAAGAUUUAUUUGAACGUUUUCCUACGUUUACUGUAAAUAAAAGCCUUUUACACGCAGCUUUGAUUACCACAGCUGUCGAUGUAAACCUCACUGCGUUCAACUCGUGUACAAACGUGCAUUACAAGAAUGACAUUCACCAAGAAAAAUGCUGGAGCUUCAAACUGAACUUCUUGUGCUGCUUCUACGUCCUCGUCGCCCACGCUACGACCGCGAAUGACUUCCAUCAAUCCACCAUCUCCGUAGUAUAAAACCAGCACUCCAUACGCCACGUUUAAAUGUUGUACCGUCAGCAUAUCUGGCCUUCAUCAUACUGCAUAAUUUUACAUUUCUGAUGUCUGUCAGCAGCCGCCAGUCCUCCCUGCCCCCCCUGUGAGGACAUGGCAGCUCGAUUCGUGCCUCAUUAUGAUGUAUUUUAAAUGUACUGAAGCUGCGUCUUACAGGCACUGGAUGUUGAGCAAUCAAUCAGAGGUUUUUUUGGUUUAGCGUUUGUUUUUGUUACCUCUGCAGCCAGAUCUGAACUUCCAGGAGCUUAAAUCCUGCUGCUCUUCUCGGAAAACAUUUUUUCUGAUGCUAAAAACUACUUUAGAAGUCACGACGGAGGACCCUGAAACACUUGUCGGCCGUGUAUUUUUAGGCCUUUAUUGACAAUAUGACUCCCCUGGGCCUCUACGUGACUUUGGCCUGUAGCAGACGUUGACAUUCAGCUCUUAUUAAGGAGGAAUGAGUUUUAUCAUUCGCUCCGCGUACUAGAAGUAUUGAGCACAUUCGAGCACAGUGACAAAUGAUCAGAUAGAUGAAUGUUAAACUAAAUGUUGGGUUUAGUAGGAUGUAGUUUAGCCAUGUUUAUCAGUCGGGUUGUCAAAUCAUAGUUGAGUUAAACUCAAGUUGAUCAUUCCUUGACAUAUUUUGUUUUAAAUUGUGGCAACCAAUACUGUAAAAAUAUAGCUACACUACGAGAAGAUUAAAACAGAGAAGUAGUCGGUAGAGUUUGUUGUGGCUGCGAGAUUUUAAUGCAAAUUGCAUUUAGGGGUUUAAAUUUCUGCGUUGUUACGAAAAAAGCAAUUCCAAAUGUUGAUUCCUGUGUGUCGAGGUCUUUGUUCCGUGUAUGUGAUGAUGUAUACGUUUGUCCUUCUCGUGAACUUGCUUUCCAUGUCUUACACUGCGAUUUCUAACAGUAUGUCUGUUAUUUAUAACAUUGUUAUUGAUUAAUGAAUAAUAAAAAGAAACAACUGAUGCCAAAAAAAA